AUGACACAAGUUUUCACGCCAAUCGAAGAAGCCCUCGCUGCUUUCAAAAAAGGUGAAUUUUUGGUUGUAAUGGAUGACGAAGAUCGAGAAAAUGAAGGUGACUUAAUCACGGCUGCAGAGCUAAUAACUCAAGAACAAAUGGCAUUCUUGGUGCGUCAUUCAUCAGGGUACGUUUGUGCACCAUUGUCUACGGAAAGAGCCGACAAGUUGGACUUGCGCCCCAUGAUUGAACAUCAAACUGAUAGACAUGGAACUGCAUACACUGUCACUUGUGAUUAUGCCGAUGGCACAACCACUGGUAUUUCUGCUCAUGAUCGUGCCCUCACUGUCCGAUCACUUGCCAAUAAGGACUCCAAACCUAAUGAUUUCAUAAAACCGGGUCAUAUAGUUCCAUUGAGAGCUGUUCCUGGAUUAUUAAACAAGAGAAGAGGCCAUACUGAAGCCGCUGUGCAAUUGUGUGAAUUGACUGGAUUGCAGCCAGCAGCUGUCAUUUGUGAAUUGGUGAGAGAUGAGGAUGGAUUAAUGAUGAGACUCGAUGAUUGUGUCAAGUUUAGUAAAGAACACGAUAUUAAAAUCAUCAAUAUUAAUCAGUUGGUUGAUUACAUUAGUAAAUAA